UGCUCUAGGGGGGGGUGGGGGUGGGGGCUGACCUGGCUGGGAGUACCGGCGCACUCCGCUCGUGGAACACUGUGCACCCUGCAACUGGUGUGUACAACCCCGGGGUCUGAACUCGCCUCUGGACGCCCUCUCCCUCCCUGGCCAUGCACCUCUACCUGCCUCUCCAACGGGAACCUUUGCGGAGUAGCUCCCCACCCCGGGUGCUUGGGCCCUGACCGUGCCGGAUGACCCAGACCUCACGUGACCAGGCUUGGCAACACCUUCAGAUUCUCCUCAAAAGGAAGACUUUGCAAAGGACCAAUGACACUGUGCCCCGCAUCCUUGCAUCUUUUCCUAGUCUGCAGCCAUGUCUCGGUCCCGCCCAACAAAGCCUUCCAAAGCAAUCAAAACAAAGCUACCGAAAAAGAAAACCAGCCAGAAGAAGAAGAAGAAGACAUCAAAGCAGGCUGCCAAACAUGGGGCAUCAGGGAAGGCAAUGAACCCCGCAAAAUUGAAGCAAUUAAUUAAAAGAAGAGAUGGUAAGAAGGAAACGGAAGACAAAACCCCCACACCGGCGCUGAGCCUUAUGACUAGGGCUGGGGCUGCCCGAAUGAAUCAGGAUCGAAAUCAAGUUCUUUUUCAGAACCCAGAGUCCUUAACUUGCAAUGGGUUUACGAUGGCUCUUCGAAGAACCUCUCUUAGCUGGCGCCUCUCCCAGCGCCCGGUAGUCACACCCAAACCUAAGAAAGUGCCACCUUCAAAGAAGCAGUGUAUACAUAAUAUCCAGGAUGGCUCGGAAAAUGAUCCAGUCCCCAGCCAAGAUGCUGUCAUGUCCUCAGAUGCAGAGAACCUAACUGGUGAACAGAGCGCGUGUUUAGUUGAAGGCGAAAGCCAAGAGAUGACGCAGUCUUGCGCUCAAAGGAUAGAAGAUUCCCAAAGCUGUAUUUCCGCAUAUGGGAACCUUGAAGCGGGGGUUGCUUGGCCACUGGAAGGGACACACUGUGAAGAACUACUCUCUCAUCAGACAUUCCAUAACGUGAGCACUUCCCCUCAGGAGUGUGCUCUGUCGCCCCAAAGAUCAACUUCCGAAGUUAUCGCUCAGAAAAACACUAGCAGUCAGUUAGCAGACUUGAGCUCACAGGUGGAGUCUAUCAAGCUGUCCGAUUCUUCUCCGAAUCCGACGGGAAGUGACCAGAACGGCUUUCCCGACUCCGGCUUUAGGAUCAUUCCUGAAUUGGACCUUAAAACCUGCAUGUCUCUUGAUGAGUCUGCGUAUCCCACAGCUCUGAUAAGAUUCAUCUUGGCAGGGUCACAGCCAGAUGUCCUUGAUACCAAGCCCCAAGAAGAAACCCUUCAAACGACCCCAGAACAAGGGGGAAGCCACCCAAAUCAAGUUCUGGAUGCCACCUCUGUCCUCGGACAGGCCUUUAGUACUCUCCCACUUCAGUGGGGAUUUCCUGGUGCUAACUUAGUUCAUGGUGAGGCCCUGGGCAAGGGCUCAGACUCACCAGAGGAUCUUGGUGCUAUGACUAUGCUAAACCAACAAGACACUGUGGGUACGGAGACGGAUGCUAUCCCGGACCUGCCAAUCUUCCUCACUAAACCUCCAAACCCAGUUGCUACCUACACUAGUCCUCCUUCAGGGCUUGAGCCCCACGGCUCUGCCUCCCGUGGGCUUGAAAUCCAAGGUGCUACCCCGAUUUUACCUUUGGACUCAGGACACACUCCUCAACCCCCACCACACUCUGAGUCAAGUUCAAUACCUCUGGUAAUAGCUACAAACGGUAUACAAGCUGAGAAGCAGUUCAGUGCCAAUCCUUUCCCAGCAAUCACCCAAGGGUUUACAAUCACCCCCGAGAAUGAACUCCAGCAUGCCCCAUUAGAUCUUACCCAGUGCUCUCAGACUGCUCCCAGUAAACUGGAAGGAGCGAUUUCUCCGAUCAGCUUGACUACCAGCUCAGCCGAUGUCAAAGCCACAACUAUGCCUGUGCCGGUUACACAGGCCAAUACCUCUUCUCUCCCAUGUAAAUCUACGCCACCGAAGCCGCCGAAGCCGCCAGUGGAGAGGAGGAAGCGCAAGGCAUGUGGGAUCUGCGAGCCUUGCCAGCAGAAGGUCAACUGUGGGGAAUGCACCUACUGCAAGAACAGAAAGAACAGCCACCAGAUCUGUAAGAAGAGGAAAUGCGAGGUGCUCAAAAAGAAACCAGAGGCCACCUCACAGGUACAGGUUACAAAAGAAAACAAGAGGCCCCAGAGGGAAAAGAAGCCCAAAGUUUUAAAGACAGACUUUCACAAGAAACCAGUAAAUGGCCCCAAAUCAGAGUCCAUGGACUACAGUAGACAUGGUCAUGGGGAAGAAGAGCAAAGGUUGGAUUUGAUCACACAUCCCCUCGAAAAUGUAAGCGAGAAUGCGGGAGGCAUGACAGGAAUCGAAGUGGAGAAGUGGACGCCAAACAAGAAAUCACACUUAGCAGAGGGUCAAGUCAAGGGAAGCCGUGAUGCAAAUGUAACCGGGGUUGAAAAUUCCCAACCCUCUGAAGAUGAGAAGCCACAAACCAACCCCCUGGCAUUUGCACAGACCAUGAGAAACGGCAUGAAAAAUGUACACUGUUUGCCCACAGGCCCGGACCUCCCGCUCAACAAACUGAAUCACGAGGAAUUUAGCAAGGCGUUGGGAAACAAGUCCUCUAAAUUGCUGACUGAUCCCUCAAACCGCAAGGAUGCCAUGAGCGUCACCGCCUCCGAGGGGGAGUGUGAUCAUCUCAAGGGGCCGAGGAACAACAUGCUCUUCCAGAAACCUGGCUUGAACUGCGGGUUUGGUGCAGAAUCCACCAUCUUUAAUAAUCACCCUAAUCCAACACACGGUGCUGGGAGCCAACCUCAACGCCCUGAGAAGGUACCCAACAAAGAACCCAAAGAUGCUGCUCCAGUUCAGCCAAGCCUUUUGUCCCUAAUGAAAGACAGGAGAUUAACACUGGAACAAGUGGUAGCCAUAGAAGCCCUGACUCAGCUCUCAGAAGCACCAUCCGAGAACUCCUCCCCAUCCAAGCCAGAGAAGGAUGAAGAAACACACCAGAGAACGGCUAGCCUCCUUAACAGUUGUAAGGCUAUCCUUCAUUCAGUGAGAAAAGACCUCCAAGACCCAAAUGUUCAAGGAAAGAGUCUCCGCCACGACACCCUUGUCUUGAAUGGCCAGAACAGAGCAUUCAAGUCGCCUGAUAGUUCCGCUACCCGCCAAGCACUUAGAAAGUCCCAAGGAUAUUCAAGCUCACUUACGGCUGACAAGAAAAGCAUUGCUGGUGGUAAAGCUCCCUUUGAUGGUGUUAAGAAUUCACAUCCAUUGCCAGUAGAAAGUCAAAAUCUUGAAAACUGCAGUCAGGUACUAAGCUACGAUCAGAAUUUGAAUUCCCAUGAUCCAUCAAGCCAGGAUGCACCCUACAGUCAAAUUGAAGAAGAUGUUGCAGCACAAUUAACCCAACUUGCAUCCACAAUUAAUCACAUCAACCCAGAGGUCAGGAAUGUUGAAAGUACACCGGGAAACCUUGUUGCAAAGAACACACAGCAAAAACAUAGUCAGGAGAAACGCAUGGUACAACAGAAACCACCUUCAAGUAUACAAAAUAAACCUAGCGUACCAUCAGCCAAGCCAAAGAAGACCCAGAAAAAGGCAAGACCGACACCACACACAAACAAGCGGAAAAAGGCAAGACCGACCCCACACACAAACAAGCGGGAAAAGAAACCCCCAGCCCACAGCUCUCAAGACAAUGAUCAGAAGAAGCAAGAGCAGCUAGCUAUGGAGUAUAGUAAGAUGCAUGACAUUUGGAUGUCAUCUAAGUUUCAAAGGUUUGGCCAGUCUGGUCCACGUAGUUCUCCUGUUCUGUUGAGGAAUAUUCCUAUCUUUAACCAAAUAUUAAAGCCUGUGACUCAGAGUAAAACACCCUCACAACACAAUAAGUUAUUUCUUCCUAUCAAUCAGAUACAAUUCACAAGAAACCCUGAAUUGGCAAAGGAGAAAGUGAAGGCUGAGCCAUCAGAGUCUCUGCCAACAUGCCAAUUCAAGACAGAAUCCAGUGGGCAGGCAUUUGCAGAGCCGGCAGAUAAUUCUCAGGGACAGCCCAUGGUGAGCGUCAAUCAGAAAGCUCACCCUCUGACCCAGCCCCCUCCAUCUAACCAGUGUGCUAAUGUAACGGCUGGUGCUGCCCAAACACAGUUUCAUCUAGGCGCUCAAGAGAACCUGGUGCAUCCGAUACCACCACCGACGUUGCCUGGUACCUCUCCUGACACACUCUUGCCAUCUGUCCUCAGAAAAGAGGAAGCGUUAAGUCCCAAUGGAGUUACAGUGGUCACCACAAAGUGUGAAGCUCAAACAUCAAGCAAUGGACCAUUGGGUCCCACCACAGACAGUGCACAGGCAGAAUUUAAUGGGAGCGCCCCGGACUUCCUUAGCCAGCCUGCAAAAAUCCUGAUCGAUGGAUUGAAGGAGCAGGAAGUUGCAACCUGCGGCUGUGAUGGUACACAAAAAGAAAAAGGCCCAUAUUAUACACACCUUGGGGCAGGACCAAGUGUGGCUGCUAUCAGGGAGCUCAUGGAGACUAGGUAUGGACAGAAGGGAAAGGCAAUCCGGAUAGAGAAGAUAGUCUACACGGGGAAAGAAGGGAAGAGCUCUCAGGGCUGCCCGGUCGCCAAGUGGGUGAUUAGAAGAAGCGGUCCUGAAGAGAAGGUUAUUUGUCUGGUUCGAGAACGUGUAGGCCAUUCCUGUUCCACAGCUGUGAUAGUUGUUGUUAUCCUGCUGUGGGAAGGUAUCCCACUCCCGAUGGCUGACCGCCUGUACAAGGAGCUCACUGAGAACCUGAGAGCCUACAGUGGACAUCCCACUGACCGAAGAUGUACGCUCAACAAAAAACGGACCUGCACCUGUCAAGGCAUUGACCCCAAAACAUGCGGAGCAUCUUUCUCCUUUGGCUGUUCGUGGAGCAUGUAUUUCAACGGCUGUAAGUUUGGGAGGAGUGAAAACCCCAGAAAAUUCAGACUUGCUCCAACCUAUCCCUUACACAACUACUACAAGAGGAUUACUGGAAGGAGUUCUGAAAGAAGUAAGUUGAAAACCGGAUUCGUCAUUCCAGACCGCAAGACCCUCAUAAGCAGAGAGGAAAAACAGCUUGAGCUUAAUCUACAAGAAUUGGCUACAGAAUUAGCACCACUUUAUAAGCAGAUGGCUCCAGUUGCUUAUCAAAAUCAGGUGCAAUAUGAACACAUUGCUGGAGACUGUCGACUUGGUAAUCGAGAGGGCCGUCCUUUCUCCGGGGUCACCUGCUGCAUGGAUUUUUGUGCCCAUUCUCACAAAGACAUUCACAACAUGAACGACGGAAGCACCUUGGUUUGUACAUUGAUUCGACAAGAUGGCCGUGACACAAGUGUCCCCCAGGAUGAGCAGCUCCACGUCCUACCACUAUACCUGCUUGCAGACACUGAUGAAUUUGGCUCUGUGGAAGGGAUGAAAGCCAAAAUCCAAUCUGGGGCCAUCCAAGUCAACGGGCCAACCAGGAAGAGGCGACUCCGUUUCACUGAGCCUGUUCCUCGAUGUGGGAAGAGGGCCAAAUUGAAGAACAACGACAAGAAAUCAGGUGCUGCUGGCCUCAAAAAGAAGAGGACCUCUGCCAGCCCAAAGGGAGCCCCAGGUUCACACAACACUAAGAGCUACUCAUCAGCCCCAUCUCCUCCUCACCCAGUAAAAGAUGAGUCUCCAGCCUUCUGUCCCCCAGAGGCUUCGGCCACAGAAUCGUCUACCUGUAUGUACAAUAAGACAGCCUCAGGUGGGUGUCCAGAAACAAGCAGCAUUCUCCAGUGCACAAUGCCUUCUGGAGCACACAAUGGUGCUAACGCAGCCCCUGGGGAAUGUACUGCUGAGGCGGCUGCUCCUCCUUAUCCAUCUCUUCCCGUACCAGAUCCUCCCGUUCAUGCUGAGCCUCGUACUAGUCCAUCCGAGCAGCUAACUUCUAACCAGUCAGACCAGCAGCUCCCUUUUCCCAGCACUCCUCAGAAACUGGCUUCCUGUCAGGUGGAAGAUGAGCCGCACCCUGAAUCAGCAGACCAGCCUCAGCGCCCCGAGAAUGAUAACUGCCCUCAACUUGAUGAAUUCUGGUCAGACAGUGAGGAGAUCUACGCUGACCCUGCUUCUGGGGGAGUGGCGAUAGCACCCAUUCAUGGCUCUGUGCUGAUUGAGUGUGCGCGGAAGGAGCUUCAUGCUACCACCUCUCUGCAUUCCCCCAGACGAGGGGUCCCCUUUCGUGUAUCCCUUGUAUUCUACCAGCACAAAGGCCUAAACCAGCCUAACCAUGGUUUUGAUAUCAACAAGAUUAAGUGUAAAUGUAAAAAAGUAACGAAAAAGAGGCCUGCAGACCGGGAGGGUUCUGAUUUAUCCCCCGAAGCCAAUUUAUCAUACCAAAUUCCUUCUCGAGUUGCAUCAACCUUAACCCACGACAACGUAGUUACCGUGUCCCCGUACUCUCUCACUCAUGUCGCGGGACCCUACAACCGUUGGGUCUAAAGGCUUCUCUCCUGUAAUGCCUUUGCUAAUGUGGUGUAGUUUUUUGUUUUUGUUUUUUGGUGCUGUUCAAAAGAAAGUCAUUCUGUUGUUUACUGUAGCUUCAUUUCACCCAUUUCAACUCCGAGGUAAAAAUUAUUUAAAAAGAAAAAAAGGGUGAGUACUUAACUGUGAUUAUAUUUUGAGAAUUGGUAGAAGGUGAACAUUUUCAGCAAAAAUAAAAUUUUUAUAGUUUUAAAUAAAUAAUUAAGGAAACAUCUUGGUUAGGUGUUGGCCGUGCUAGAACCACAAAGUCCGGUGCUUCACAUUGAGUUCAUUUACUACUAAGAGGGUUUCUAACAGGUUCCUGCAAUAAGAUGUAAAAACCAAGAAGUAGUGUUAACUCUACACAGUUCCUGGUGCUUUAGCCACAUCAACACAUGUAGAGAUGAGAUGAGCGACUGUUCCAUGGUGCCGUUGCUCAGGCAUCUUCCAAUGAUUGCCAUCAUGUCUGCACAUCUCUUUGAAGUAAACCAAUGAAAUGCUUUUUUUCUUAAAACAUUUCUCCUAUAUCAAGUAAUUCUUUACUCUAGUGAUGGUUGGAGGCUGCUCGCUAAAUGUAAAUGUAUAUAUUUUAAAAAGCACUUUCUACUUUUAAGAGUAACUUGAAAUAGUAUAGUAGCAGAAUCCUAUUGUCUAUUUUGUGAGCAUAUUAGAAUACCAGAGAAGUCAUUUGUUCUUGCUGUGUAGAGUCCCAUCACGUUAACCUCAGCCCGUACUCAAAUUACACAUGACUUCUGUUCUUUACUUAGAGAAUAGAGGAUCUCUAAAACAUUGAAAAUACAAAAUGCGACCAAUUCAAUUUCCCCUUUUUAACUAGAGAAAAAAAAUAAUCAUCUUCUGAAGUCGCCUCGUGAAUUACCUGUAUGACACAUGACAGGUGUUUUCAAAGGGAGAGGAGGCAAAUUGGGAUCAGUCAAAGGUUCCCAGUGUUUCAAGAUGAGAAAGUAUGUAAUUAAGUGACAUGUCCUUCCCAAAUGAGAAGGAAAUACUCUGUACAGAUAAUUGAGGGGACAAGCCUGUGUUCGUGUUGCCACCCUUACCCUGGAGUCCCACGGCAAUAUUGAGAGCCAAACUAUUAAUUAAUCUUCCCCUAUCAGGUUUAGGAACAUGGGAACCCAAACUUGCUUAGUAAUCCUCUAGUUUGAUGGUCACGAGUAAAAUCAGUAUCCUGAUUAUUUUAGUGUUCCAGUGUUCUGUCCAUUGUCUAAUUGACUUAUUCAUACACCAAGAGUGAUUUCCCCCUGACAAAAAUGCCUAGAACCAAGAGACCUUUCAGUGAGAUCCAAACGCAUAGGUGCUAUUGACAUUCCUGGGGUUGGAGUCUUUGGAUCUGGAUUAGGAUUCCUGUACUGCAUGCAGGAACCCUAAUGGUGCUUCUCAGAGAUGCCAUAAGAAGCUCACAACUACUAUGGUCUUGGUGCAAAUGUAAACAGUUGCAGUGAGCUCUCUAGAGAAUACCUUACUUAAAAUGAUACAUGGUGCAAACUGUCAGCUUCUGACUGAGGCCAGUUCAGGAAGAGGUAGGGGCUGUAAAUAAGGACAUGUCCACUGACCUUCCAUCCUGUACAAGGAGAGGAUGCUCCUGGAAUACAUAAAACUGUGGGUCUGACUUGAGUGUUUUGUGUGCCUUAGAUUUCCAUUUUUAGACAUUUCUAAGUCUAGGGUUUCUUACAUAGGUGUGUAAAUGUGAUCAUUGUUUGCUUUAUCUGCUUCGGUUAGGUGUUUGUUAGUGUAGACCACUAGAAAUACUCUCUCAUGAAUUAACCUUUGAGGUUUCAGGUCUUAGCUAGAAAUCAUUUUCUUGACGUUAUGGGACAGAAUCUUCUCCUACUCUUAUUUAUCCAUUCAUCUGUCCAUCCCUCUGAGGCACAUAUGACUGAAUGCUUCUGAUUGGAGUUGAUUGGUUUGUUUUUCCUUGAGUUACCCCUUAUAAUGCAAAGUUAUAAAGUUACCUGUAAUUGAAGAGCUUCAGUAAUAUAUAUUCAAGCUGAUGUGUUUUUAAUGAUAAGGCCACAUUCGUGGUGCUUGAUCAGCUGAACACACCAAUGUAGAUUAAUGGGACUAUUGGGCUUUAUGAAUUUAGUUGCAGUUUGAAAAGCUACGUACAUGUAAACUAUAUCAGUUUCAGCAAAAACAUCAUUCCAUUGCUUAAGUUAACAUUAGAGAUGGAGUGCCUCAGCCAAGAGCCCUCCGUGGGAACUUCAUUCAUUUCAUGGUCUUUAAUGUCCUUUGUAGACAUCUUCUGCUUCAUCUUCUUGACCCUGCUUUAAGAAUGGUCUUUCUUAAACAAAAUACAGUCGGGCAGUGGUGGCACAUGCCUUUAAUCCCAGCACUUGGGAGGCAGAGGCAGGUGGAUUUCUGCGUUCAAGGCCAGCCUGGUCUACAGAAUGAGUUCCAGGACAGCCAGGACUAUAUAGAGAAAUGUUGUCUCGAAAAACCAAACCAAAAACAAACAAACAAAAAAAGAAACAAAUUGAUUUGAGAUGACAGUAACUUAUCCAACUCACCCAUCUAACAAUCUUUCUACACCUCUACUGUUUUAAUUAGAUCCAUUCCUUUUACCUUGUUUGUGAAGCUCUAAUUAAGAUUGUUCAUGGUGUGAACAUUGGAUACAUUGUCACAUGACUUCCUUGGUAGCCCUGGUGAUGUUAUGAUUCUUGCCUGCUAUAGAAUUAUACAUCACCUGCCCUCUGAAAAAUCCAUUUUUGGUGGGUUUUGGUUUUAUGAGACUGAAUUUCUAUGUAGCCCUGGCUGUCCUGGUACUCACGUGGCAGGCCAGGCUAGCCUAGAAUUCACAGAACUAUCCUCCUUCUCCUGCCUUUGUGCUGGGAUUAAAGUUGUGCUCUUCUACUCUCCUAGCUGUUUUGUUGUUCUUGUGCUUGUCUGCCUCAUGUAUGUCCUGUUUCUAGUUCUCUUCAAAGUACCAAAUAAGACCAGGUACCAAAGAGAUUAUGUUAUAAAUGUCAUUAAAAUAUAAUGUUGGGACUUGAGGCUAAUAGAGGCAAAUUUUCUGAACAAGUCUGAAUCUUUUUUUUUUUUCCCCCUAGACAGGGUCUCUCUGUGUAGCCCUGGCUGUCCUGGAACUCACCCUGUAGACCAGGCUGGUCUCAAACUCAGAAAUCUACCUGCUUCUGCCUCCCAAGUGCUGGGAUUAAAGGCUUGCGCCACCACCACCUGGAACAAGUCUGAAUCUUAAGUGAUUUCCAAUCGUAAACAUUGCAUUUGUGAGACACAGAACUUCAUUUGGUGAAAGCUGUAAGCCAUUCACUUAUUCACCCCAUUAUCUAGUUAACUGAAUGGAUAUUCUUUUGUAAAUGAUAUACUGACUUGAUUCACAUGAAGUAACCCACGUCAUACCAUUUCCCAAUAGCAUGUAUAGAACUAAUCCCAAAUGAGACUUCUGUGUGGGACGAAGCUAUCAUGUCAUCACAUGACAUCUAUUGAUUGUGGGUACAUUUACCUUUGUGCCAAACAAGUAGGUGUAUGCAACCUUUAACACAAAGCCACCCUGAGUUUCACCCCUCAAUGCAUGCGAAUCUUUUUUUUUGAGUCUAGAUUUAAUACAAGUGAGAUUCAUCUAUACGAAUAAUUUAUAACAAGAAUUAUUAUGUCAAAGGAUAAUGUGGUGGCUGUUGCUGCACCAGAAAUCUCCUUAGAAGGCAGAGCUCCAUCCCUGAGCUCUCGGACACCUAACUGCUUGAGGGCCAUUUCUGCUCUUAGAACUGUACAAAACAAACUUUCUUUUUCUCACCCAGGGAGAAAAGGAAAUUCUUGCAUUACUAAGUUCUUGCAUUACUAAGAACUCUCUUGAUUUUUUGUGCAAGUCAAAAAUAGCUUUCUGUCCUUUGGUGAGGUUCAGGACAAGAAAGAUAGUUAUGAGAUUAGGUCAAGACUGCCUCUACUGUCUAUCCCAGGCUACUGUCCACUGCCAGGAGAGCCCGUGACAUUAACCUAGGAACUCUUCCCUAUGCAUACGGCAAUCCUGGUCUCCGCCAUUCCCUCUGGAACCUAGUAUUAGGCAUACACAAGGAGUUCUUGAGGACUGGCUGUGGCAACCAUUGAGGGAAGCAUGUCUCCAUUGUAUAUACUCUGUAGCCACGGCUGCACGGUCCCUGCUGCCCCUCCCCCACUCCGGUACUGGCAGUUCACUUGUGACGUGGCCGUCAGUCAUCAUAAACAUAAGGGGGACACUGCUUUACUUUUCUGUGCUGGUCACUGGCAUAUCUAGCCAUGUGCUUCCGUCAUUGCUUAGUGGUUUGAGGUGUUUCAUAUUGUAUUUCUCAUAGCAUAGAGAACAGCGACAACUGUGAAAACUGUUUAGAUAGUCACUGUACCCUCCCACAAAACCUGGUUCAGUAUAUUUUCUUCAAAAAUCAUUAAAAUUCCUAAGCACGUUUUUGUUUUGUUUUUUUGUUUGUUUCUUUCUUUCUUUGUUUUUUGGUUGACUGGUUGGUUUUGUCUUUAUGUACUAGAAGUUGGGCUUCUACUAAAUUGUUAGACUGGACUCCCUUUCGAGUGUCAUGGUGGUGUAGAGCCCAGCCUUGAACUACGGCUGAGGAUGCUGAGGGAUUCUUUCUCUUUCAUUCCUUUUGAAACUGGGUCUCACUAUACAGACCUGUCCAGGCGGCAUAGACGGAGUUGGCCUUGAACCCAUGAAGGUUCUUUCUGCCUUUGGCUGUGCCACACCUGGUUUCUCCAGUGAUGGGACUGAACCACGCCUUUGUGUGUCAGGUAAACACCAUCAACAUACCUCCCGUCCUAGACCUUGGGAUUUUUGGUAGGGAAUCAUCAUUUGUGUUUGCACUCAACUCUACAAAAUCUUAGCAUGUUGCCAAAUCCUUUUCUGAAAUUCCUGGUUCAAAUGAUCUCUUAUUAAUUGCUAGGGUAUAGACACGGGGCUCCCUGCCCAGCUAAUGUAUAACCAGUUUGCUCAAAUAAUCUCACAUUGACCUUGAGACCCCAGUGUUCAAAAUUACCUUGUGGCGGUCUGUAAUGUUUCUAGCUUCAAAAGUAUAAGGUUAAUAAUUUCUGUAUUCCUCUUUUACAUUCGGAUUUCCUUAUGAUUAAAAAUCCGCAGUUGCUCUGUGUGUACAACCCGGCUCCACCACCCAGAUCAUCCCAUAUGCAAAUACAUCUGAUUCAUUCAAGUUUUCCAUUCCUCCAGCUUCCUUUUGAGACCUGUCCUGGUGUAGUUCUUUAACUCUAUUUUGCCUCAGCAUCUUGGCUCAUCUUUUCCAACCAUGUGUCAUAAAGUCCAACACCCUGCUUAGCUCAAGUGUAUGAUCCCAACUGCUUGAGGGACUGAUUCGGAAUGGUAGAAAGAGAUGGAACACCAGCUGGGCACAGAGCUGCCACACGGUUCAUGACAAAGUGCUUUGCCAACCUUGCUGGAAGCCCUCUGGGUGCAAGCCCUAGUACUGCAGAGAGGACCAAUAGUUCAUAUGUAGAACUUUUCAAUUAGGGGAAGUCCAACUUAAGCUACAUAUUCCCAUUCUUUCGGGGCUUUUCCAGCUGCUAAAAUUCAAACCUACCAGGAAGUUUUAGUCACUGGACGUUAUAUGCAGACGGACUUUCUUUUCCUUAUCCUCAUUUCAACAAUCUCAUUCUGUUGAUGGGAACCUGUUUCCUAAGGUAAGUUGACUUCUAGAAAUUCCUCAGCUGUACUUGUAUCUUAAUAAUGCCCCCGAUGUACUAGGACUAGGAUCUUGUCUCAAACUCAAGCUCAGACAAUAGAGCCCCCCACAUUCCUAGUUUCAAACAUAAGUACUUGGUGAUAAGCCACCAGAAGCUCUGGUGAGGAAGUCAAAGGGGAUUGAUAAUCCUUAUCUACCCUCUUCUAAUUUUAACUGAAAAUAGAUACUCUUUUGACAAUAAAUAGGAUAUGAACAAAAAAAAAGAAAAAAACAAAAAAAGCUUAGCAUCUCUCCGUAGGUGUGGAGUGUGCACCUGUAAUUCCAUCUCUUGGGAAAGCAGAAGCAGUGGGGUGGGAUCCUGUCUUUAGAGAGCUUUGUGAGACUUCUCACCAGUACUGAACUCAGAAAGCUGUUCCCUUUGUCAGCGAGAAUAACCAGUAGUUUACUCUUACCCUGUGUCACACAGCAAGUCGACUAGUAGGAGUGAAGUUACCAUGUAGGUGUUUUACCUGCAUGUAAUGUGUGUGCCGUGUGUGUUUACUGAGUAGAGCUGAUAGGGGGAAAAACAGAAAACUUAUAAGCCUGCUUCUCAGUUAGUUUUGUUUCCUUUGUGUAGCCAGCUGUUGAGCAUAUUAAAGAUCUCAAAUCUUUAUUUAUGCAGCAGACCUUAGGUUUAUGGUUGUGAGUUCGUGAGUUCGUGUGUGUGUGUGUGUGUGUGUAUGUGUGUGUGUGGUUCACAGGUUCACAGUAUAGCCCUCGCUGGCCUGGAAGAUGUUCUCUACCACAGGGUGCUAUGGUCCUAGGUCAGGGAUUGCAGGCGUGAACCACUCUAUCCAGUGAUAAAAAGCAUAGAGAGUAUCCCUUUACCGUGAAUGGGAAAACACUUUCCACCAAGUAAUUUUCUAAAUAGGAAUUUUAAAGCCCCCUCAUAAUCAAAGCUUAAUAUAUUUAAGUAUGCUGAAAUGAAGGUUUCUUGAAGGAGGUGGUGCUAGAUGAACACUUUGAGUUCCUGGCCCUUCUUUAUAAAUAUGCAAACUUAUUGAUAACAGGUUUUAAUUGCCUCUGGAUUCUAUCUUUUGUCUUGUUGGGUGUUUUGUGUUUUGCUUCGUUUUGGUGUGUGAAUGUUCCCUCUGCUUCGCUUGUAGCCAUAUAAAUCUUUAGAGCAAGUACACCUAGAGUUAAGAAUGCUGAGAUAUCUUUGUAAAGUUUGUAGUAAUCUGUCUCUAGGUUAUUUUAACAGCCUCUCUAUAGAGAGGUAUAUUUUCACUAUAGUGAUCCAUUCUUUGGCACACGUAUUGAGGGGAACAGGCCAAAGAGCCUUGGCUAUUCCGUGUGGCCUCCUCUUCUGUUGGUGAGAUUUCUUUCCAACACCUGUUUGUGCUCUGAUAAAAUGGCUGGCUGACUAUAUUUGACUUUACAAACACAGCUCAUAGGAAAGAUUAAAUAUUUUUAUUGCGAUGUAUGGUCAUAUUUUUUUUAGCUUUAUGGAGUUAACAUUGUGAUAGGUGCUUUAAGAGAAAUAUUUUUCCAGAAAUGGUUUUAUAGCUAAACUAUGGGCAGCUUUUACAUUGUGAUGUGUGGGUCGAUGGUUAUAUUUGGGUUACUAGGAAAUCAUGAAGUGUUCCCUAUGGAGAUACCUGUACAAAUCCAUGGCAGAGAUCAACGUGAAUUCAGGGUUGACUCAUUUUUCUAUCAUACAAUGACCUAGCAUGUAAAUUAACAUGUGUGGCAUUAACUUGGUUUACAGCAACAGCAGAGUGUUUAGCCUUGGUGGGAGUAAGACAUUAGUUCACAUUCCUCACCAUAUACAAUGGUGCUGAACUGGAGUUCCCAGUCUCCUAUUCCACAGGCCCCUGGAAGAUGCUCACUGUUAAUUCUGAUUGUUACCAUCCUACUGUUGUAUCUCAGUAAUUGAAGGCUUUUAUCUUAGAAAAUGCUGUCAAAAUCCCAAAAAAACAGUUUAGUUCUUCAACCAUGAGGAAAACCAUUAAGCAAAGCACUUCAUCACAAUAAAGGGAAAGAGAAUCCUAUAACCAUGAUAGUUUAAUACAUAAUCAAUAUUGAGUCCUCUGCACAGAACGGAACACUUCGUAGCAGUACUUGAAUAUUUGUGAGUUGGAAUUGCAUGUUACUUGAAAGAUCUAAUUAAGCUAAAUUUUGGUGCACAGCAGUUGUACAUGAUUUCAUGUUUAUGUAGCAAAAUACAUUGAAUUGUACUAGUAUUGAAACAUAAAUGUAAAAAUAGUUGUGGAGAUUGUCUUAUUUUACUUAUGUCUCAUUUGUUUAAAGCAUAAAUUUUCUUUUUAAAAAAAUUCUAAGGAUAAAUGAAUACUGUAAUUGAAGAUAUAUUUUAAAUCUUUGUCAUGUUUUUUUUUUUUAAGCUAUUGCAAAUUGUAUCAUUCCUGAUUAUAUAGAACUUUGUGGGUGGUAUAAAAUAAAUUUUAUACUUCUAUUUU